AUGAGUGCGGAGGAGGAGAAGCAGUCUCAAGAGGAAGGGCGGCAUGAGGUUCCUCUUGUCACCCCCUUCAAGGGCGGCAGGAGCAUGCGUAGUAAGGGGACUCCCCACAGUUUUGAGGAAAUUAUUGAAAGUUUGGACCCAACAAAGAAAGAGAAAGCAAAGUUUGAGGCCCAAAGGAUUGGUGUUGGCUUGAAUAGAUGGGAUAAGAAGGUAUCUGGUGAGAAGAGGAAUGCAGUUGCCUGGAAUAUGUCACGGAUGAAUGAGGGUGCACCUUCAACUGUCCCAACUGUUCAGUUAGAAACAACAAUCAGUGUACAUCGUGCAGAUGACGAUGACAAAGAUAACGAACUGGAAGCUGGAUCACCACUCGAAGCAAAGCCAACUCGCAAUAUUGUUGAAACCGCACACCUCGCCCGUUUGAUAAAGGAUGGAACUGCAUGCCCUGAUUGUGGUGAGGUUGGGUCCAUGGAUUUGUUCUUUGACGCUGUCGGAGUGGCAUGCAUACCCAAACUUGUCUGCCGUUCCAAUGAAUGCAAUCCACCAAACAGACGG